AUGAUGGAUAGCAGGAUCCUAGAGCACCACCAUGCUCAGUUUGGAGGCACCUUGGCCAGUAUGGUAGGAUUCCACUACCCCCUUACUCAUCAUCAUGUGUAUGAGCUCGCAGGGCACCAGCUGCAGUCUGCCAGCGUCCCCUUCACCAUAGACGGAUUACUGAGCGGCUCCUGCACGGCGUCUGUGGUCAACCCGUCCCCUCUGAUGCCUUCGGCUUGUAACGUGAACGGGGAGAGCCAGUCGUUCAAACUGUCAGACUCGUCGGAUCCCGAAAAGGACACCCCUGGUUGUAAACGGAGGAGGACGCGGACCAAUUUCACCGGCUGGCAGUUGGAGGAAUUGGAAAAAGCCUUCAACGAGAGCCAUUAUCCAGAUGUCUUCAUGAGAGAGGCGCUGGCAUUGAGACUGGACCUGGUGGAGUCUCGGGUUCAGGUCUGGUUCCAAAAUCGCAGAGCUAAAUGGCGGAAAAAGGAAAACACCAAGAAGGGACCCGGACGACCGGCUCACAACUCGCACCCCACCACCUGCAGCGGAGAGCCCAUGGACCCCGAGGAGAUUGCCCGGAGAGAGAUGGAAAAGAUGGAGAAAAAGAAACGAAAGCAAGAGAAGAAACUCCUGAAAUCCCAAAACAAGCUGCUUCACUCGGAGGGAGACUGCAGCAUUGCCUCGUCCGGCUCCGAGUCGGAUAGCAGCGUGGUCCACUUGCAGCCGGCCAAAGAACAGGUUUCCAUCCGUGCCGAGCCGAGCCAGCACUCCCCAAAUGGCAGCAGGGACCAAACCGAAGCGAACUGUGAGCAAACGGGACAAAAGCUCUCCCACCACCAAAGAACCCCGUCCCAGAAUAACCCCAGCAGAUCGUCGGAUCUGGACUGCAAUCGGGAUAAACCUCAAAGUUACCUGUGCACAAACGGUCGCUCUUCUAACCUGACAAAGUGCGAUCAAAAAAACAACCCUUUCAGUGUGGAAAGCCUUCUUUCUGACACGAUGCCGCGGCGCAAGGCUCACUAUGACUUCCCAGCCUUGUCAAACCCCAGAGCAGUCAUUGGGAAAGGACAUUUCCUUCUGUACCCCAUUACCCAGCCUUUGGGUUUCAUCGUACCCCAAACCAGCAUCCGGACACCCCCCGUCCAACCUCCAUCUCCCUCUGGGCCAGACACAACAGCUGCAGAAACAGACCAGGUACAUUCCACUUAUCCCGGGACAAAUUCAAACUCCACACAAACCAACUGUCCCGGCUCGGAUUCGAGCUCAGCACAGACCAGCUAUCCCGGGUCAACUCCAAACGCCACACAAGCCAGCUAUCUCGAUACGAAUUCCAGCCAGCUUGAGUCAAGUAAAGCUCUGGCCUCAGAGAGUCCAGAUGAACUAACCCAACAGAACCCGGACUCUCCAGAACCAGUAAAAACAAACUGCCCUGGAGAACACAUGACAGAGUGCGAGGACGUGGAUAUGGACUAG